AUGGGCAAUUACGCCGAUAGCUGGAAUUAUGGAAACUAUGUCAUUGUAAGAAAGACGGGGGAGAAGAAGUGGGAGUCGAUGCCGCUUUAUGCCAGGAUUGGGAUGCAUUUGCUAUUUGUCGGUAGAGCCGAACGCACACUACUCGAAGACGGGUACCUCCACACGCUCUUCAAAAAGGAGUCAGUCCAGUCAGGAUUGAACUUCGAGAACCCAGCUUCAGCCGCCAAUAUCCCCCACUUCGUCUCCGUGUACAAACUUCCUCUCGAGGACCUACUCGAGCCCGAUCUUACCAAAUACAAGAACUUCAACGACUUCUUCGCGAGAAGGCUGAAACCAGAUGCAAGGAUCAUUGAGGGAAAGGGUGAUGAAACCGUCUUCACAAGUCCCGCAGACUGCCGAUGCACAGUCUUCCAAACCAUUGACCUCGCUACCCAGUACUGGAUCAAGGGCAAGAAGUUCACACUCGGCAACCUCAUUGACGACGACGAACUCGCCAAGAAGUACGUCGGAGGAAACAUCGGCCUCUUCCGUCUCGCACCACAAGACUACCACCGCUUCCACUCCCCGGCAGACUGCACGGUCGGCACCGUCCACGACAUCACAGGGACAUACUACACCGUCAACCCAAUGGCCGUACACGAGGACCUCAAUGUCUUCACCGAAAACAAACGGAGCGUCAUGCAACUCCACCACACACGUUCCUCCAUCCCAAUCCUCUUCGUUGCGAUCGGGGCAUUGUUGGUGGGGAGUAUCGAGUGGACGGUAAAGGAGGGGGAGAAGGUUGGGAAGGGGGAUGAGCUUGGGUGUUUUAAGUAUGGAGGGAGUACGGUUAUUGUUGUGUGGCCGGAGGAGUUGGGGGUGGAGUUUGAUCAGGAUUUGGUAGAGAACUCGAUUUCGAGGAUGGAGACGGUUGUUGAGGUUGGGAACAGGGUUGGUACGAUGAAGACGUGA